UGGGAGAAAAAUUCGGUUUCCUUGUUAUAUUUUACACUUGUGCCGUUAUGUAUAAUUGGUCCAUUUCUCUGUUGCCACCUAUUGUAUUUGAUAUUCUAUUUGGUUUAACAUGAAUAUCUAUAAUCAACAAAUUAAACGAAAUAGAUCAAAUAUCAAUGUAACAUUUGAAACCCAGACAAGUAGAGGCCCUAGAAACCAAAGAAUCUGAAAACGUUUUCUGUUCAAAAAAUUCUGAACAUUGGAAAUAUUGGGAUUCCGAACCAGAGCCUAGCAGCAAGGAAGUGUUAAACCCUGUACUCCGGGUUCUGAGGUUCUGGAGAUCCUGGAUCUCUGUAAUAGCUCCUGUUGUUCUAAUAGCUAUACCAUUAACAGCAGAUCCUAAAAAUGAAAAGGCUAUGUGGUGUGCCUACAAUAUUCUGGUGUGUGCAGUAUAUUGGAUUUGUGAAUGUACCCCCCUGGCAAUUACAUCUUUACUACCUGUGGUUUUACUACCCUUGACGGGGGUGGUGAGCACCAACGAUGUUUGUAUCAACUAUAUGAAGGGAACAAACAUGAUGUUCAUGGCCGGCCUUGUAAUGGCAAUAGCUGUGGAGCACUGCGGACUUCACAUCAGAAUUGCGCUCAAUAUAAUACAAGGAGUUGGGACCAGUAAGAGAAUGCUGAUGCUUGGAUUCAUGCUUUGUGCAAUGUUCCUCUCCAUGUGGAUCUCUAACACUGCCGCGACCGCCAUGAUGGUUCCGAUCGUUGACGCGAUCCAUAAAGCGAUCAAUACAUCUAAGGAAGACGAACUGGAAGAUGGAAAGAAUAAUGAAGAACUCGAGGCAAAACUUAAAAAUUCUAAAUCUCGAAAUUUCCUUCUCCUUUCAGUGGCAUAUGCGUCAAAUAUAGGGGGUACCGGAGUACUGACAGGGUCUCCUCCUAACCUUGUCGUUGUCUCCUCUCUCACUAAAGAAUUUGGACAGUCCGAGGUCAGCUACGCUACCUGGUUGGCAUUUAACAUUCCUCUGAUGCUUCUCAAUACGUUCGCAGCCUGGGUCCUCCUCAUCGUUAUAGAGAGGUAUGUGAGCCGGCAUGAACCACAACCAACCCCCGAGAGUGAACUUCAAGUAAAAAUUAUACUUCAAGAGAAAAAGAAGGAGCUUGGAUCUAUGAACGCUCAUGAAAUUCAGGUUUUAAUCCUCUUUAUUCUUCUGGUUCUACUUUGGUUCUUUCUGGAACCUGUUUUUAUUACAGGCUGGGCCAGCUUCUUCGAACCGACUAAAAUUAACACCGCUACCCCGGCAGUAUUUAUCGUUUGGCUUCUGUUUCUUCUCCCCCAGAAGUAUGGUACAAAAGAACCAUCUCCAGCUCUACUAGACUGGCAUACAGUUGAGAAGAAACUACCCUGGGGAGUAAUUCUUCUGCUAGGAGGAGGGUUUGCUCUAGCAGAUGCCUCUAAAAGUUCUGGACUAUCGAACUAUAUGUCAGAGCAGUUGUUGAGUUUAAGGGAUUUAGAAGUUUGGCAGAUAAAUCUCCUUAUUUCCUUCAUAGUAACAUUCGUUACUGAGGUUGCCUCCAACACAGCUACAGCAACUAUUGUUGUACCAAUCAUCAUGCAGAUGUCGGUGUCCCUGUGUGAGAAUCCUAUCUAUAUGAUGAUGACAGCAGCUAUCUGCUGUAGUUAUGCUUUUAUGCUACCUGUUGCUACAGCACCUAAUGCUAUUGUGUUUAGCCACAGUACAAUGAAGACUUCAGGUACAAUGCUUUAACUAAUGCUUUAAAUAAAUAUUGGGGAAAAGUUAAGUAAG